GCAUGACUUCCCAGCAAGGCAGGGAAAAUAGGGUGCAAGCCCAGAAACUAUUUACCCACCACCACUUGUUGAAAAACUGAUUCGAAGGCAUCUUCAGUUUGAACAAACAGAAAGUGCCAGGAUUUGAUGCAUCUCUGGUUUUGCACUGGAGACCUUUCACUACUAAAUAUCAAGACAAAAAAACUAGAAACUAAUCCGAAUCUUACUCAAAGUCAGAAUGGAACAAUUUGUGGUAACAGCACCACCUGCUAGAAACCGUUCUAAGCCUGCAUUGUAUGUGACUCCCCUGGAUCAAGUCUCUGAGUUUGGAGGUGAGCUUCAUGAAUAUGGAGGAAAACUUUUCUGCACUUCUUGCAAUGUGGUUCUGAAUCGUGUUCGCAAGUCUGCCAUUAGUGACCAUCUCAAGUCAAAGAUUCAUACCAAGAGGAAGGCAGAAUUUGAAGAGCAGAAUGUGAGAAAGAAGCAGAGGCCCCUAACUGCAUCUCUUCAGGGCAACAGUACUGCACAAACAGAGAAAGUCAGUGUUAUCCAGGACUUUGUGAAAAUGUGUCUGGAGGCCAAUAUCCCACUUGAGAAGGCUGAUCACCCAGCAGUCCGUGCUUUCCUGUCUCGCCAUGUGAAGAAUGGAGGUUCCAUACCUAAAUCAGACCAGCUGCAGAGAGCCUAUCUUCCUGAUGGAUAUGAGAAUGAAAAUCAGCUCCUCAACUCACAAGAUUGUUGA